CUGAUGUUGAAAAAAUAUUUUGUUAUACUUGUCAAGAUUCAUACUCUUCUCAAAGUUUAUUUAAAAAGCAUUUAUCAGAAAUAAAACAUUUAAGGAAUAUGAGAAUUUUACAGAUUAAUAAAGAAAUCGAAGUCCAAAAUAAAAAUUCUAAACCUGUAGUAGUUGUUGAAAAAUUAUUUUGUGAAAUUUGUCAAGUUUCGUGCGCUUCUUCAUUCAAUGAACAUUUGUCAGAAGAAAAACAUUUAAGUAAAAUGAAGCAUGAAUUUAAAAAUAUUGUAAUGAAUAAUUUGGUAGAAAACACCAGUUUCACGAAUUAUUUAGCAUUAUUUUUAAAGACAGUUGGACCAAGUGAAGAAGUUUUCGCUUCAUAUAAACAAAUUUGUUUUCGUUUUAAUAGAUUAUUUCGAAAUUUAUUUCCUAUGUGCACGAUGCAACAAAUUGGUUCAACAUUAACGAGUUUAUGUUUCAAUACAAAUAAUUUAAAAAUAUACGUGGACAAAGGUAAAGGAAUUGAUUUAAAAUUAAUCAAAUUCUUCAAUAAGGCAAAAAGUGUUAUUUUUGGAAAUAGUAAUUUAUUUAGUGAUGUUAAAAUUCAUUCGAAAAAAUUAAAAAUAAUUACGUUUCUUGACAAUAAAACGAACAUCACUUGUGAACUACAUUUUAGCAACGCAAUGAGUGUCUACAGCAGUCUACUAAUAAAACAUUAUUUAUCAUUUGAUACUCGAAUCAAGCCCUUGAUGAUGAUUAUUAAAUACUGGGCAAAGCAAUGCGGAAUUUCUGGACGUUUUACAAGUCAAAAAAUAACAAGUUAUGCCUUAGUAAUGUUAGUCAUAUUUUAUUUACAACAACCUAAUGUCAAUUUAGUGCCUCCAAUAAUAACACUGAAAGAGAUAUGUAAUCCCAAAAUUGUUGAUGGAUGGCAAGUGAAUUUUGAUAAAAAGAUUCAACAUUCUUCAGCCAAAAAUGAAAGCUCGAUUCCUGAGUUGCUGUAUGGAUUUUUUAACUUUUAUGCUAAUUUUGACUUUAAUGAAUUUGUUAUUUGUCCUAUUGAUGGUUGUGCACAUUCUAAGAAAUCAUUUAAAUAUAUUGAUAAUCUACCAAAAUGUAUGGACAGGUAUAAGAAAUACAUUACAGAUACUGAGGAUGUUCUUCCGCUUGAUAUUGAAAACUUAUUAUGUAUUCAGGAUCCAAUUGAACUCAAUAAUAAUUGUUCUGAUAACGUUUCCAAAAGUUUCGUUAAAUAUUUUCAAAGGCAAGCUUCGCAAGCGGCGCGAAUCUACAAAUCAAGUGAAAUUGUGAAAAAGAAGGACGAUAACAAGAAAAGUGAAAUUAAUUUAAAACUUUUGAAAGAUUCGCGAUUCUGUAAUUCAAGUGAAAUUGUGAAAAAGAAAGACGAUAACAAGAAAAGUCGUAAAAUUAAUUUAAAACUUUUGAAACCUAUUUUAAAACAAGAUACCACUUUUGAUAAUAUAUUAGAUGCAUUUAUAAAUAAAGUUACAUUAAAUGAUGAGGCUAUUGAAGAUUUAUACCAACCUAUAUGUGCAAAAUUAAAUAAACUACUUCGACUAUCUUUUCCUAAGAGUCAAACGUAUAGAUAUGGUUCAACAGUAUCUGGAUUAUGUUUUAAAAAUUCUGAUUUGGAUCUUUGUUUGAAUAUAGGCGAACCAAUGAAUGAAAACGAUGUAUCUUCUGAAAUUUGGACGUUUCAAGAAGUUUUUACAGAAGCAUAUUUCUUAUUGAAAGAGAAAGGUUCUUAUAAAAAAAUUUUGCCAAUUCCAAAAGCAAGAGUGCCAAUAAUUAAAUUUAUACACAAGAAAGAGAAAAUAUCUUGUGAUUUAUCUUUUAACAAUUCACUGAGUAUUUAUAACAGCCGUCUAAUAAAACAUUAUUUGACAUUUGAUACUCGCAUUAAGCCCUUAAUAUUGAUUAUUAAAUACUGGGCAAAUCUUUGCGAAUUGAAAAUAACAAGUUAUGCCUUAGUAAUGUUAGUCAUAUUUUUUUUACAACAACCUAAUAUCAAUUUAGUGCCUUCUAUAAUUACACUGAACGGGAAAUGUAAUCCUGAAAUUGUUGAUGGAUGGCAAGUGAAUUUUGAUGAAAAGAUUCAAUAUUCUUCAGCCAAAAAUAAAAGCUCGAUUCCUGAAUUGCUGUAUGGAUUUUUUAACUUUUAUGCUAAUUUUGACUUUGAUAAUUUUGUUAUUUGUCCCAUUGAUGGCUGUGCACAUUUUAAGGAGACCUUCGAAGAUAUCUCUAAGCUUCCCAAGAGCAUGAACAGGUAUAAGGAAUACAUGAGGAAUACCAAAAACGCGAUUCCAUUAACGAUGAAAAAAAUCUUUUGUCUUCAAGAUCCGAUUGCACUCAAUGCCAAUUGUACAAUUAAUUUCAAUAAUAAUUUUCUAAAAGCGUUUCGAAACUACUUUUCUACAGCAGAAAAAGUCUGUGUCACAGCUCUUGAAAAUAAUUCUUCUCAAUUGUUAAUAAAUUUAUUUGAAACAAUAACUAAAAAAAAAAACAAACGACAUUGCAAAAUUCGCAAUGAAAAUUAAACUUAACUGUGAUACAUAUUAUUUUUUUCUAAUAUCGUUAAAUAUUUUUCUAAUAAAAAAAUGUAUAUAUAAAUAAUUGAAUUGUAUAAUUAUAACAAAAUGAUGAUUUAUAUUUUUAUUAUGUAAUUUUUUCAAGUUUUAAUACAAUGUUUACAUAAAAACGAA